AUGAAGUUAAACAUUAAUAACAUUUAUCCUUCUUCUUCUUCUUCAAACAUAUUAAAAUUAAUAUUAUUUAAUUAUAUAAAACAUUAUAAUUGUUAUUGUAAUAAUCAUCAUCGUCAUUAUGCAAGUUCGGCAUCGUCAAAAAGGUGGCUUGCUCGACAACAACGAGAUCAAUUCUCAAAAAAAGCAUCGAUGCAAAAUUUUCGAGCGCGUAGUGCAUAUAAAUUAGCGGAAUUGGAUGAAAAAUUCAAUAUAAUAAAACCGAAUUCAAUAAAUAUAGAUUGUGGAGCAUCACCAGGAAGUUGGAGUCAAUACAUUUCGCAUAAUAAUGGUAUAAUAAUAGCAGUUGAUUUAUUAUAUAUUGAUCCAAUUCCUGGAGUAAAUAUAAUUCAAGGAGAUUUUACUAAUUCAAUUACUCAAGAAAAAAUCAAAAAUAUUUUAAAAGAAAAUCAAGUUGAUGCAGUUCUUAGUGAUAUGGCACCUAAUUUUACGGGAACACAUUUUGAAUUAUGUGAAUCAUCAUUUGUAUUUUCUGAACAAGUAUUAAAACCUGGAGGUACUUUUUUAUGCAAGUUCCUAAUGGGAGGUCAAGAAAUGGAAUUUAGGAAACUUUUACAAACUAAAUUUGAAAAAGUUCGUCAUGAAAAACCAGAAGCAUCUCAUAGUAAAUCAACUGAAGGAUAUUACUUAUGUUUGGUGUUGUCAAAUAUAAUUGGACAAGAUGUAUUGGAAAAUGCCUUUAAUUUUACAUUUGAGGAACAUAUUUCAGCUG